CCUGUUUCCCACGCCAACACGAUGCCCCCUUUCCUCGCUGGCGAUCAGGGAUUGACACCCACCCUACAGCGCCUAUCCCGGAUAACUAAACACGAAUAUCCAAAUUAUGCAUCACUAUCUCAGCCUGUGCCUCCCCCGAUCAUUGAUUCAUCUCCUUUGAGUGAUUCCGGUAAUCAGGAGAACUUGGAUGAUCGCGGAGAUCGAGAACAUUUUAAUACGAGUCAUAUUCUUGGGCUUGCUCGAUUAUACGGGGAAAUACGACGCGAGUAUGAGAGAGUGGAGAAGUUCUUAAAGUCGGAUGACGGAUGGGAGUCGCGUCCGCCGUUGUCGACUAACGCCCCUUAUCUUAUAGCUGUAUGGGAUGAACUGAUCGCGAGUAGAGGGGUAACAGCCGUAGGAAAGAUCUUCAAACUUCCAAAGAGAGCCGAUGGCACCUCUCUCGUACGUGGGAAGAUCCCUGGAGUGUCUAACGAAUCGAUAAAGGUAGAUGUGGUUUCUGAGUUUGGGAAGAAAUGGACGCGAGUCAUCACGUAAAAAAAACUUUCGCAAGUUCAAUCUCGUUUUAAGGAUUUUGAAUGUUCUGACGGUUUUAGAUUGAAAGCUGGUCGAUUCAUGCGCGAACUAGACGAGAUAGAAUCUUCCGAUUCGGAUUCGGAACCAGAGCCUACUACUACUACUCAAGUUGAAGAUCCAUCAACCCAUCACCAAUCGUUGGAAAGCUCUCU